CUGCUGCAGACAGUGCGGUUCGUGUUCCAACAAGUGUUGGUGCCAUGCGUGGCGGUUUUCGGAAUCGUCUUCAAUUCGCUGACGAUGAUCAUCAUGACUCGGAGGAGGAUGCGCAGCUCGACGAACAACUACUUGGCUGCGUUGGCGACGGCCGACUGCCUCUAUCUCAUCUGCACGAUUUUGCUCAGCCUGCAGCACCAGUUCGCCGGCAGAGAUCCGACGUACAACCUGUACCGGCGAUUCAAACCGCUGAUGCUCCUGCUCGUGGAUACGUCUCAGAACACUUCCGUAUGGCUCACCGUAACGUUCACGAUCGAACGAUACAUUGCCGUAUGUCAUCCGAUGCGCGGCAAAGUCCUGUGCACCGAGUCGCGUUCGAGGAAAGUCAUACUCGUCGUCCUGCUCUACACGACCGUACUGACCCUUCCGACGUAUUUCGAGUACAAGAUUAGCGAGGAGCUCAACGACCGAAACGAGACCAUCGCCGUCGUGGAGGUCUCGGAUCUCGGAGCCGAUUAUCUGUACCAGACGGUCUACUAUUGGCUGACGGUUGUCAUGAACACGAUCCUGCCGUUGCUGAUUCUGAUCGUGUUCAACUCGUUCCUGAUCCGCUCGGUGCACCUAUCCCGACGCCAACGGAAGACCAUGACUCUGAGACAGCGUCCCGACUCGGCCAGAGAUCCGAGCAGUCAGGAGAACAAGAUCACGGUGAUGUUGAUAGCCGUCGUGGUACUGUUCCUGCUGUGCCAGCUGCCGCAAGCGGGACUUCUCAUUUACUCGAUCGUUGACGACGAAUCGACGUACACCCGCCUCUUGGGAAACGUGUUCAAUUUCCUCGUAUGCGUGAAUGCGUCCGGGAAUUUCGUUCUUUACUGUCUGCUGAGCAACAAGUACCGUCGAACGUUCUUCAACAUGUUCUUCCCCUGCUGUCAGACCUACAUCAACCCGCUGCUUCAUUCGGUCUACGGCCAGUAUCAUAACAGCACGACGGACGACAGUCCCGGAGCGAAUCGGAGACUCAGCAGUUGCCGUCUCGCGCGAAGCAGUUCAGGGGGCACUGUGACAGAUGGCGCCGCGAACCACCUGCUCUCCGUUCCGGGUCGACCACCUGCUUUGAGCAAUAACAAUGUGAGCGGACAGCAGCAGCAGCAACAACAGCAGCAGCAGCAGCAAAAUCAAACUCAACAGCAGCAGCAGCAGCAACAUCGGAACGGACGUCCCAUGAACAGAGGCGUAUCGCUUCCGGAAAGUUCCUUUUGGACGAGAAUUCGUUUGGGUUCUCGAUUGAAAAAUCGAUCGACUAAAUCAGUUCGGGACCAGAAACGGAACGGCGGUCAAAGUGGAGGCAACAAUAAAGAGUGCGUCGUCAUUGUGACCGAUGCUCCUCCGGACGAGAAUCGAAAAGAGAAUCCUGAGGUCUAG